AUAGUCUUUGCUUUGUUUAUUUUUUAUAACCAGAAAAAAAUCACGUAAAGAUUGUUAUGAAUAAGUGUUUACUUUAAUCAACGACCUAGUUAAUUGUUAUAAUUAAUUGUGUGAUGCAGAAACUACGAGAUUUUAACAGUGUUCCUAAGCAACCCCUUAAAAGGGUCGAAAUAGCAUUACAUAAAUUCAAUGACGUUGCAGUACCACACCAUGUUGAUUUGUUACAAAGGCAUAAGAACAACAUUGAAAAGUUCCAGCUGAGCGGCAGCUGGGAGCACGUCCACAGGGAGCAGAUCAACGCCACCAGGCUCAUCAAGCAACUGAAGGCACUGCUUCUGGAGCUGGAACUGCUUCGCAGCCAGGUGCAGGACUCUGACCUGGAGAAGUUCGACAAGCUGACGGCAGCUGCCAAGACAAGUGCAUCCGGUGCCAUCGAUGAAUAUCUAGCUGUGAAUCCUCAGAGGCUGAGCCCCGUGUGGUUGCCGGCGAAGCAUGAUGCUGCUGCGGCAGCUGGGGCGGAGGGGGAGGGGGGCGGCGAGCAGCUGCAGCUGACGCAGAGCGCGUCCCAGGAGGACCUGGAGAAGCUGGAGGCGUGCGCACGGUCGUGGACGGAGCUCCAGGAACAUGCGCAGGACGUGCACGAGCUCUUCCAGGAGUUUGCGCGCGUCGUCAAGGAACAGAAGAACACAGUUGACGAUAUCGAAGCGAAUGUGGAGGAAUCAGCUGAAAAUGUUUCUGCCGGAGUGACAAGUAUUUACAAAGCUGCGAGGUAUAAGUCAGCAAUGUAUCCUGUGGCUGGAGCGCUGUUGGGCGGCUGUUUGGGAGGGCCGGUGGGUCUUCUGGCAGGUCUGAAGCUGGGUGGUCUUGCUGCUGUCGGCUGUGGGUUACUGGGUUUCACCGGGGGACACAUCCUGAAGAAACGCCAGCAUGAAGACAAUGACAACAGUGUGGAAAUGGUGAACUGCCAACACACCCGCAACAUGAAGGGUUCUGUUUCACUGCCUCACAUUGUUGGUGCUCACACGUCGAGUGGCUCUCCCAAGAAAGAAUUGUAACUGUCUGGCUUUCAAAAUAUUUUCUUGGGAAAAUGUUUGCAGUUUGUAAUAACAGACUUGUUUUUUUGUUUUUAAAAUUACUUUGUGCCUCAACUAUAACUGAUUGCUUUAAACUUUAAGGUAAGGCACUGCACUGCAACUUUUUAUUUUUAACUAAAUUUUAGUAAAUUAUUUUAUAUUUUGUAUGUUUUUUUUUUUUCACUUGGCAUUUUUUAAGUAGAAGUAGUAAAACUACCUUUCCUUCUUGAAAAAUAACAAGUAUUAACUGCUUAUAUUAUUGGGAACAUGGUGCAAUACUUUAAUUAGAGUUGCUCAAACAGUUUUAUUUAUCACUUUUUGAAGACAAAAAACAUUGGAGAUUGGAUUUUUGUAUUUUUAGGUUUUUUUGAAAUUGCAGACACUGACAAUGUUAUGGGAUUGUAAUUGCAGAUAUAAGUCUAAACAACUCUUGUAAAAAUUAGCUUUCUGCAUCCCUUCCACUUGUAAGUCAGAUAAAGUGGAAAUCUUGUGCAUAAAUGUAUGGUAUGAGCAUGACGUUUGAAACUGUCUCGUCAGAACUCUGACCACUGUGCUCUUUUUGACACAGUUUAUUCCUGGCUAUGUAAAGACGUGCGGCAGUGUAUGCAGUAUCAGAGCAGCACUUGGUUGCUCACAUCUCACAUUUGGGCAGAAUUGCAACUAGAUAUACAACAGCUUCAGUGCUGAUGGGAAGUGUGAGUCAUGUUUGAUGGCCUUUGUGAGCACCGAUCUUUGCCACUCUGAUUAUUUUCACAAGCAGUGGCCCUAAGCCAACAGUUUGUUGAUUAGUGUGAGAUUCUGGGUUCAAACUAGGUCAUGUUAGUAUGUUUAAAUAUGGUUCUGGAAAUCCAUACCUCCUUGAAACCACAUUAGACUUACCCUUUGACACUUUUCCCAUGAUGAGAGUAGUUUUUGUAUUAAAUAAUGACAGUGUUACACAUAAGACAUCUCUUCAAAAUCAUAUCUCAUUGGUAUAAGCACCGUGUGGUAAAGCAUUAAAAAUCAGUAAAGCUUAGCAUUGUAUUAUUAGCCACAGGAGUGAGAUCAUUGUGUUAUUUCUGUUGUGGAAAAGCAAGCCGCUUGCGUGCUAGUGAGAUUAAAAUCAGUUGAAUUAUGACCGAUUGCAUCAAGAUGUUCUCAGUCCAAGAUCCUGUUUAACAUGUUAGCAAAGCAUGCAAGAUAAAGCUCGAGUUCAUCGAUGAUACUUGUAAUAACGUUUGGGUUUUUUUUAUUUGAUUGCAGUAUUGUGCCUUUAAUAAUGUAGCAUGUUCGUAUGCAUCAUUUUUCCGUAAUCCUAAAUCGUGAUACGUCUAAAGCCUGAUGGUGGUUAUUUAGUAGCUGCACUUUUAUUUUUAUGUAGUUCUGUUUUUUUGUCCUUAUUUAGGGCCACUAACAUGUGUUUAAAGUACAUGCAUGUUCAGCAUUCUUCUGAAGUCUUUUUGCAUUGUGAUACAAUAGUAUACAUUUUUUUUAAAUAUUGGGAAUAAAAUUACAUAGGUAUUUGAUGAAUUUCAGCUACAUGUUACCUUAUUGUUGAAAAACAAUGUUAAUAACCUCAAAGACUAUGUACUAUAUACGUAGUGUCAUUUGUAUAAAAUACUUUAUACAAUUAAGGAUUCAUGUUCUCAUUGAAACUCAUGAAUAUGAACCUUGCUAAUACAGAACUCAGGUAGGAAGUAUUUUCACAGCCUUAUAAAUCUAGUAUAAAUUUCAAUGCUAAGUAUUUUUUUUUCCAAAAUGUGAUUAAUAUGUGAUAUGCGAUUGUUUCUUGCAUCAAGUGUGUGUGGUUUUCUAUUUAUUGUUGCUGUGUUAAAUAUAUAUAUAUAUUUUUUUAAUGGCUUGUCCAAGAUUUUAACUACGAUAUUUAGUAUUUAUUAUGUAGGUACGAUUUGUAUCCUUUCAUUACUAUUGUAUUUACCUGUGUUCAAUAUUUGUACAGGGAAAGUUCUUUAAUCCAUCUACUUCUGGACCAUGCCUUUUACAGUUAGCGAUUUUGCCAUAUUAUUGAAUUUGAAUAUAGUUUUAGUGGGUGUACCAAAAAAAAAGUCAAUAUUCAAUUAAUUAAUGAUAUUUAAAGCAUGUAGUGAUAAGCUGUUCUAUUGUAAUAAAAAAAAUUGGUUGUCUGUAAAGUCGGUAUACGGACGAUAGUUUAACGUGACGUCAUAACAAAACAUUGAUGAAAUGAUUGCAUACUUUUAUGAAUAAAAUUGAAUCAUUUUUAUUGAAUUAUCACUAUUUUGUAUGGAUACAAAGAAGGAGUGAAAUGAAAUCUACAAUUAAAUUCAUAAAUUUACUUUUAUUUGCACUCAUAAAUUCAAAUAUGUUUAUUACUUUAACGAAGAGAUUAUUUUAUCUAUAACUUGUAUUGCAAAAUAAGAACGGUGAUAUCUCCUUAAGUAUUUGGAAUUUCUUAUCUCUGCGGGGUUUAAUGAAAAGAGGAAGUUAAAGAGCAUAGAAUAAAAGUAUUUUCGGAAUUUUAAAAUUUUUUUUAACAAAUAUCACCCAACUAUGAAAAUUAAAAAAUUUGAUGUCUCCAAAGUAUUUGGAAUUUCUUAUCUCCGCCGGGUUUAAUGAAAAGAGGAAGUGAAAGAGCAUAUAAAAGUAUUUUCGGAUUUUUAACAUUUAUUUUCGCAAAUAUCGCUAAACUACAUAUUUACCGACAUGCCCAUGAAUUUCAUCACUAUUUCUUCAACACCAAUUCACCCCUCAAGUUGAAAACAGUUAAGUAAGAGCUAGGUAUUUUGUUGUGCUUGAAAAACGCAUAUUUAAAUGGGGCCCCCUUGACGCAUUCGGAGUGCUGCCCCUGUAGUUCGAAAUGAGCUAAGAGAAAAUAAAACUAAAUGUGGAACUGCCUGUGAUGAUCUUGCAGUCUUCGUCCGGUCGUGUUAAGAGAUGAUGACGGCAGCUUCAUCCACACAGGUGCUGAUGAAGGUGGGAUGCCAGGAAGAGUACAUUUUCCCUGCGCACGUCAUUGGCUCAUUGCAUCUACCCUUAAGUCUAACCUACACUUUGACUGGUGAAUCUCCAGAGAUAUUAUUUCUCAACUCCCAUAAAGUAACAGUUUAAUUCCACUGAAUGCACUAAGGAAAGUUUUGUUAGAAAAGGGUUAGCUCACAAAGCUUUCAAUAUUAAACUAUUUUGCCGUCUUAAAAAAUAUAGUGAAAGGCUUCAAUCCAGCACAUUCUGUAAUCCAGCACCAAUCAAGCCAUCUGGGGUUCGAUUUUUUCAGGUGGAUUCUGGCUGUUGACUUUGGUUGCCAGGUGGCAUUACUGUUCUGCUGAUGUUUUUAGUUUUCUCAGAGUUUAUAGUUAUUAUCAGUUGUCAUUUCAGUACAGUAUAAUGGGUUACAUUUCAAAUAUCACGGGUACAUUUCCAUUAUUGCUUUUUGAUGACGAGUAAUGCUGAUAUGUAUUUUUUUUCUAUGAGUAGCUUUUAACAAUUUGUUUUAAAUUCUAUUGGGCUAUAUAAUAAUCUUUCUGUGACUUUCCUGAUAAAACUAUUUUGAUGUUCAGUAAUCCGAUAUAGCUGAGGUCGCGAAUGUGCCGGAUGAAAGACCGUGUACUGCAGUUUCAAAGUUUCUUUUUGCACUGUGAAAGUGAAUUAAAAUGUUUUCUUCUUAUAUUUGAUUUGUGUUAUUUUACUUUAAUUUUGUGUGUUAGUAAAUCAACUUUGUUUACAAAACCUAAAGUAAGGUAGUGAAGUAAAAUAUGAAAAUAUUUUUUUGUAUAUGAAUUUCAAAACAAACUGUAUUUCACGCAAGGGAUUUUUUUUCCCUCCCCUCCAUUUUUGAAAGAUUGCUUAUUUGGUUGCACAUUAAAUUCUUGUAUCAGAAACAAAAGGGAAUAUUUGCACUUAUAAAAAAAUUAAAAAUCAGCCACCUUGUACUUACUUUUGUUUAUAAAAUGUUUUAAGUUUCAGUGGUUUGUGUAGUCCAUUUAAAGUUUUAAAAUUUACAUAUAUGUGUGUGUAAAUGUAUAUAUAUGUACGCUAGCUAUUUAUUAUAAAAAGGAACAAAUGGUGCUCAAACUUUUCUGUACUAAAAUGUAAGUGUGCGAUAAUAUUUGAAAUGUUAAGACUGUUAACCUCAUAAUUUUUUUUUUUAAGUCAUACAGCAAAGGAUCUAUAAUCAGGCAGUUAGGUAUCACAGCCUUGCCGGAUCAUCGAACAUCAAUGUAGUUUUAACAGGAACACUAAUAAAAAAUUUUAAAUAGUAAAUAUUUUUUAAAAAAUGUUGUAAUAUGCUGUUCCAUGGCAAUAAAAAGUACACAUGAGCGUCACUGUUCAAAAUAAGUGUCUGAUGUCAUGCUACAUCAAGUUUAAUAGAUGCCCAAAUCCAUCUGAAAAUUUGAAUGCAAGCUGUUCUGUCUGUGCCAGAUUACAGAAUGGGCCUACUGAAGAAUGCCCGAAUAAAGAGCACACUAUCUACCAUCCUAUAUAUAGAUACAGCAGAACCUCAUUUUUACAUAUUUCAAGGGACCAGGAAAAAAAUAUGUAAAAAACGGAAAAUGAGGGAAAUGUUCAAAUUUUUUUUAUCAUCUCACUUUAUGGGAAACAAUAAGAAAAUAUAUAACACACUAAAUAAUAUGUCAGAGACUGUUACAUUUUUAUAUAUUAACUAUAACUUCACUAUAUCACAUAAUUAAAAUUAUAAAUAUAUCCAAUAUCGCCGUUCUUCAUUAUUGCUGCAAGUUAAACAUGAUUUGCUGUUCUUGUGUAAGAGAUGAGAAUGUUGAAGCUUCUUGAUAUAGCCACUUGGUGCUGAAAUUUUAUAACACAAUUGAUUUUUGAACUUUGUAUUUAAUUACGUGUUAAAGUUUUAUUAAUUUCAGAUUUUUUGAGAAAUAAUACUAUAAAAUCGAUAGCUACCACCAUCAAUAUAAUUGUUUACGUUGAGUAAUAGAAGUUAAAUUGCCAUUGCAUUGUUUGGAUAUUCAUUGCAGCCAUUUGACUUUUCAGAAUGUUUCUAAUGUGUUAAAAUGAACAUCGCCGAAUAUGCACGAAGACGCCAUAUUUAUAGGAAACUCGUACAUUGCUUAAAACGUAUUUUAAUAAUGGAACAGUAAUCCGCUCUUUUGUGUAUUUAAAAUGUGAGUUUUCACCUUUAUUUUCAUGCAUAAUACAUUUAAGAUUAAAGGGGAAUGCUAAGAAAAGUACUUAUUAAUUUUCAUGUUUAUGUCACCAUACGUUUGGUUCAUGGCCGUAUGAUGUACAAUAGCACGUGGCACAAAAAAAAAAGUAAGUUUUUACAAUGGCGAACAAAGCUGUGGUGACCAUACACUCAUGCAGUAAAGCUGGACUCCCAAUCAUCCGUUUCAUCCGUCCAUCACCUGUAUGUCCAUCAAUUUCGGUCCGUUAUUUCUCUCGGCAGUUAUUACGACUCUCAACCAUCCGCCAUCCGUCUGUCCGUCAAUAUUCUAAAAUAUCAGUGUUACAACUUUCCGCCACAUAUUUUCUCAAUUGUAGGUAAACUUUUGGUGAAAAUAAUUUACUUGGGAUAUUUAACUUUUGUUUUUAUGAAUGUGAUAAUAAGUUGACAGGCGGGAACUGUGCUUUGACAAGUGGAUUAAACGGGUGCCUUCUUAAAAAUAACGUUAGUAAUCCCAGCAAUAAAUAAAAUUAUGCUUCUUUUAUUACUGCGUCAAAGGAAACAGAAAGAAGCUAUUUCUAACCAGGCUUUUUCCCUCAGUUGCUAAUCCCGAUAUUCUUUGCUAUAUAUAUUAUACAAAUGCUCCCUUUCCCGGACGUAAUUUAUCAGCAUUUCUUCCGAAAAGCUCAUUCUGAUAAGCAAUCUUUACCGUUAUUAUGACAAUAAUAAUCGGUCAAUACGACACAGACUUCUAUAUAUUGCAAAUUAAAAAAAUCUAACACUGUUUUCGGAAAGUCGUAUUGAAGACGAUCGACUUAACAAGGCGGUGGACCAUCCGUUGGUCCGUCAAAAGCUAAAGCUUGGCAAGGUUUUGACGGCCGGACGGAAGGAAUUUUUCGGGCCAUCUGAUUGGCUGCAGGUCACGUGAUUGACGGACGGAUGAAACGGGUGAUUGGGAGUCCAGCUUAACACUUAAUAAUUAAACUUCACGCUAUUCAUUUUGAGAAUUUAUUGUUUUCUCUAAAUUUUCCUAUGGUUUUCCAUGAAAUACAGCACUAAUUCUACGUAAACAGUGGGAAAUGCUUUUGCACAAGGCGGGAAAAGAAUGCAUUAUUAGUAUAGGGAAAUUGACAGUGCAUGUAAAAAAAUACGUUAAUCGCGGGAAUUUGUAUAUCGCGGGUACGUAAAAAUGAGGUUAUACUGUAGUUAUUUUGCUGCAUGCUGCCAGCGUGGUGCACAUGUUAGCACCGUAACCCAGUAGCUGGAAAUAUUCCUUCCACUCAAUAAAUAACUUAACAGAUUCCAGUUCUGAAUCAGUUCUAAUUUGUCACAUUAAUGUGAUGUGGCUUGACAUCAUACCCGACACUGACAGAGGGGGACGAGUGUAUCGAGGUGUGUCUCAGAUUGCCAGUUGUUUCAAUCUGUCAGUGGGGAGAUGUGUUUCAUUAUCUUCUUCUUAGUGUUACUUAUUUAAUGUUUGUACUUGUUGGCUCACAAUCAACUACAAAAAAUGUGUCAAUAAUAGUGUACACACACAAUAAUUUUUUUUUAGCUUUUUGUUAAUGUAAAUUACAAAUAAAAAUUGAUAUACUCUUAUCCAGGUGUAUUGUUGUUAAGUUUAUCAACUGUCUUACAACGGUUCACGUAAAAAAUAUUUACGUAAUAGUAAUUUUAUGGCUAUUAUGAACGGAUGCAUAGCUGGGUUGUUUCCCUAAGUAGUUCAUAUUAUUUCAAGGCUGUAUGAAUGCAUGCAUGUAUAGAAAUACCUGCUUAAACAAACCA